AUGGAAAAUGUAGAGAAAACCCUUGACAAGUAUUCACUCUUGAAAAGGAUAGAAGAAGCUAGAGAAUUUGAUGUAAAGAAAAAGAUUUCUCUCCUACAACACAAUUCCUUCAACGUAUACAUGUCGAAAGUUAAUCUUGUAAAAAAACUAACUGAAAUAGAAGAGUCAGUUAAGGAACAAAUAGGAAACCUUUCAAUUGAGCUAAAGAAUGAGGAGAGUACAGAACAAUUGGACAAUGAUAAUCAAAGAAGCUAUGACGAAGUUAAAAAACUUGCUGUACAACAACAAAGAACAAUUAUCAAAAAUACCAUUUGUAAGAAUAGAGAGCUUGCUUCAGGGACCUUUGCAAGUAAUUUGGAAAGUCUUACCAGAGUCUCCGAAAUGGAGGAAGAAAAUGAAAUUGAAGAAAGUUUGAAUCAAUACCUCAAGCCUGCAGUCGAUCAUAGAUAUCAAUCUACCAUACAGUCUCAUGUGAACUCUGAAAAAAUCAACAAUGGUGUUAUUAAUUCACUUAUUGAAUCAAAGAAGAGAGAUAUUACAAAGACGUACGAAAAAAAAAUAUUUGACACUCAUUUGGAGAAGGUCAAGAAAUUAAAAUAUGCUGCGGAAGUUGUAGGAAUGAAUCCUGAUGAUAUUCAACAAUUACUAGAAUUACCAGCUGAAGAAUUUGAGACUGAUAUUGGCGUAGCUGAUGCAGAAAUGGACAGUAUAAGAGUUGAGAUAUUUAAUUUGGAAAAUAAGAGAAGGCAAAACCAAGCCAAUCAUGUUCAAAGCAAGGUCGAGUUGAAGGAUGUUAUUGAAACUAUGGAGCAAAAGAAAAAGCAAACUAAAAUUCUCAUUCCCGAAUUGAGGCAAGAAUUGCAAGAAAGAAAGGAAGAAGCAAGUAAAUAUGAGGAGGAGUAUGGAGGAAUUUCUCUCACUACCAUGGACAGAAUAACAACAGAAAAUUUGAAUGAAAUUCAAAGAAUCAAAUCCAAUCACCAAGAAUUGCAAAAAGAUAUUCAAACAAUGGUAAAAUCAAAGAAGGAUGGGUUAGAAAGCGAAAAAAAAGAUUUAGAGAAUGAGGCUAAAGAAAUUGAUCGUAAAUGCAAUGAAUGGGUACAAAGGGUAAAAGAUUUAAUGGAAAAGGACAAACAACGAGGUAUAUUCUUAAAAAAUUUAGAAAAGAGCAUUGAAACAUUGAAACAUGAAUGCGAGAACUUUGUUUCCAACUUUGAAAUUAGAAAGAAAGAGACUCAUCUUAAAUGUAAUGAAAAAUUCUCCGAAAUGCUCCUUUAUGAACAAUUACAACCAAUUUUGGAAAAAGCCAAAAAGUUUUACUCACUCGAGGUAUCACAAAGAAGCAACGAAAACUCCUCUCUAAUUGAAUCCCUUCAAAAAAGAAAGAAAGAUCUUGAAGACCAAGUGCUUGAAACUGAAAAAUCAAUCAAGAAAUGCAUUGAUGAUGCCACAUUUAUGAAGUCCAUAGCAUUCGAUAGUAUUCAUCUUCCUCAUAGCAUUUUAUCCAGGUUUUUGGAAGAGAAGAAGAAUCUACUUCCUGAAUGGAUGAAAUUAAUUGAAACCAAAACAAAGAUUCUUGCUCAACAAGCAAGUAAGCCAUUCAUAGAGAAUCAAAAAACUCUCUGUGUACUUGAUAAGUUUGCUGAUUCGAUAUUGAUUAAAGAUAUUUUCAGCUCAACUAUCGGAGUUGUUUCAAGCCCUGAUGAUAUAUUUGAACGAGAAUCAGAUCUUGAACGAAUUAAGAAGGAAGUUGUUAAACAAACAUUCCAACAACAAAGAUUGGCAAAAUUUUUACAAGAACUCGUUAAUUCGUACGAGAAGAAACGUUAUACAAAAGAACCUAGAAAAGUGAAACUUGAAGAGCAAAAUCUUAUUAAGGAUAUUGCAAAGAAAGUAGAAGAAUUGAAGAAGAAACUUGAGGAGAAGAAGGAAAUUGAGUCUGAUAGCGAGGAAGAGAGUGAUUUAGAACAUGACAGCGACUUGGAAUCGUCCUCAGAAAGUGAAUACUUUAGUGAUGAAGAAAAUGAGGAGCAAGACUUAACAAUUCCAACCUCUGUAAAUGUUGUACAAUACGAAGUGUCAAAGAUUGUUGAAUCAAUCAAAAUGUCAAUUCACUCUAAGAUUAAUCCAGAACUUGAGUUUGAGCACCCAACACCAGAAGCCAACUUUUUAUCAAAAACAUUUUUCAAGAGAAAAUCAUUGUUACAAGUUUUUUCAAGCAGAAGAAAGGAAGUUCAAGUUAGAGAGAAGUCAAAAAUACUGAACUAUUCAUUCCUCAAAUGCGAAAAUGUAAAGGGCAAGAGUCAAGCUAAAGAAAGAGUCUUUUCAAGAAUUCAAAAUAUUAGAUCAAUGCUAUCAGAAUAUGUUGACCUGAAGAGAGUAGAUGGAAAAUUGGAAAGAGAAGUUUUACCAAAUAUCAACGCACAAAAACGAUACUUGGAGGUAAUCAAGGAAAAUAUUACCAGGAAUGAGACUCUUAACAAGGAGACUGCCACACCACAAAAGGUCAAACAAGGGAUUAACCAACUCAGUGAAACUAACAUAGAUCCUGCUCAUAUUGAAAGUUUAAAGAGCAAGUCAUAUUCAUCACUUCCUGUAAUCCGUCCAUCAUCUUUUGGAUUGUAA